AUGGCAAACAAACCCUCAUUUCUCUGCACACCAGAGCAAUCCAAGGAAACUGUCUUUACAACUGUGUUGUACAGGAUUCCUGCUCUAAUCUACCUCGGAGACGACAAGAUCCUGUCCUUUGCAGAGCACCGGAUGUCUACAAAGAAUGCUGGCCCAGCGGUGCUGGACAUGAGAACAGGAAAGGUGAACAGGAAUAAGAAAUCCAAUCCUGAGGUGACGAUUAAGUGGUCAGAGCCAAAUCCAGUUAAGGAGGCCCAACUUCAUGGAUGCCAUCCAAUGAACCCCUGCCCAGUGUAUGAGAAGAAAAGCAAAACACUGUUCCUGUUUUUCAUCUGUGUCAAAGACGGAGUCACAGAGAAAUGGCAGAUAAGCAACAACAAAAACGAGACCCAUCUCUGCUACAUCAAAAGCACUGAUGAUGGCCAAAACUGGAGUGAGGUGACUGUAUUCACUGAAUAUGAGUUGGUUGAAAUCAAGAAGUGGGACACAAUGGCUGUUGCGCCAGGCCAUGGUAUUCAAAUGGAGAGUGGUAGAUUGAUUGUCCCACUUUAUGCUUAUUAUCGUGAAAAGUCUUCUCGCUUCUCCCUCUGCCUGUACAGUGAUGAUCAGGGUAACACUUGGAAAUUGGGCAAUAAACUUAAAACGCAUUCAAAUGAAUGUGAAAUGGCAGAGAUUUUUGAUGAUAAAGGCAGCAAAAUCUACUGCAAUGCCCGUCAUAAUAAUUAUCGAGUAGAAGCUGUCAGCCAUGAUGGAGGAGAAGAGUUUAAACCCGCCAGUUCUGAUAACAAGUCUAAACUUGUGGACACAGACUCAGGCUGUCAGGGAAGUGUAGUCUCCUUUCCAGAUCAAAGUGAAGUGCAGCCAGUUCAUAACAAGUGGCUCCUCUACAGCCACCCGACUGAGAGGACCAGGAAUAAUUUAGGAGUGUAUCUGAACAAAUCCCCAAAGUAUCCAGAAAAAUGGAGCAAACCCUGGAUCAUCAACAGUGGACCCAGUGGUUAUUCAGACCUGGCUUACAUUGGUGAUGGUUGGUUUGUUUGUUUAAUGGAGUGUGGGGAGGAUAAAGAAACUGAGCAGAUAGCUUGUCGGAUUUUUAGCUACAAUGAUGUCGAGCAGGCCAUUGCAGAGUAG